UAAUCCCAGAGCAGAUCCAUUUAGAUCAAGUCUCAACAGCUCUACUGGCACCACGAAGCCUUAAUGUGACGGGAAAGCAUUGAAUUGCCGCACACACUGACGGAUAUUCGCAGAUUCGGGUCGGUAACAGGUGCGAGCGGUGAAACGAAUCCGACUCGGUUCGGAUCAGGCGACUCACUUGAAUCCCCCGAGCCUACCGUCGCUGCAGUGUGACGUCAUCAGUCGAGCGCCAUGGCGGACUUCAGUGAAGUGAUGAACCUGCGGCGGCGAUUUAAAACAAACGAACAAGAAGAAGGAGAGAAAGAACAGAGCUCUGGUGCUGAUGCGGCUGCAGAAGUGAAGCCGUCCGCUCGGAUCAACCGUCACUCAGUGUUCUGGAUCGUGUCUGCCGCCGCCGUCACCUACUAUGUGGACUUCAUCUCUGUGCUGCUGAACCACGGCGACAUUCACAGCUGGUGGUUGGGCGUGUCUGUGCUGCUGCUGACGGUGUGUGUGUCUCUGGCGCUCUUCUGUAUUGUGUAUCUGGAGUGGUUUCGUGGCGUCCGGCACUACGAUCAGGAGUAUCCUGCUGUUCCUGCGCUCACCACUGCUGCGUUCAUCGCUGCGUCCUGCAGUCUGAACAUCGCGCUGUGGCCGGUGUGGUCCUUCUUCACUCCGCUGAUUCUCUUCACUCAGUUUAUGGGUCUGGUGAUGCUGAUUUCUCUGCUGGGCUGAAAUACACCUUCAGCAGGACACACACACACACACACCUGGACAGAAGCUUUAUUGUGUGUGUGUGUGUGUGCGCUAAUGGUGAGCACACCUGUUCUGAGCAGCCACAGCACAUCCGCGUGUCAGUGGAGCGUGAGUGACCUCUGUAUGACCUCUGCCUGACCUCUCCAUGACCUCUGACCUUUGAGCACCGCAUCAGUCCAGUUCUGAGGAUUCGCUCUGGAGAUCAAUGAGAGACGGAUGAAAACACACACUCUGACUCUCGGAUCCGCACACACACACACACACACACACUGAACGGUUCAAGGUUUCCUCUGCUGAAGCGCUCACUACAGUCACAGUACAGCUAUAGAUGAUCGUCCGCUCAUCAUUCACUCUGCCUUUAAGUGCUUUCAGACCUGUUGAUCACUAGUAGAGAUGUUUUGAAGAAUGUUGAAACCUGUGUUGACCUGAUGCUGUAGGUCAGUCGCGUGUGUCUUAUUCUUCAGAGAUCUUCAUUAGUGUUGAACAGAAGCUCUAACAGGUCAGGAGCGAGUAAAGUCAGAGUGAUGUGGAGUUCUGUGUUCAACUGUGCCUUUAAGCUUUGAUUAGUGUACAGCGGGUGUUUUCUUUCAGGUCCUGUAGAGGUGUAUGUUGUGUCAGUCAGUGUUUAUCUCUGGAGGGUCUUCUAGAAGUGCUGUGUUGUCAGAGCUCCUCCUGUCUCUUCAGUCCUCUCUGCUAGACUCUCUAAUGUGUCUAAAAUCAUCUGUAAAUCACCAUCAGCCAAUCAAAUUAAAGAGCUUUUGAUGA